AUGGAGCGGCGGCCGGAGCUGCGGCGGUCGAUGACGCUCUCGGAGCAGCUGGCCACGCCCGACCCGGCCAUCCGCGAGUUCCUCAGGAUCCCCGACGACGACAGCCACCACCACCCGGACGCCGACGCCGGCGGGCGAGGCUGGAAGCCUCUGCGCGACAGGCUCCGUCUCCGCCGCACCGCGAACGCCUGGACAGCCCCGUCGCAGAAACCCAGCGCGGCGGACGGCGCCCUGAAGAGCGGCGGCGGCGGUGGCAGCAGCACACGCAGCAACAAGUACAUCUACGCGCCCGGGGAGGCCACGGCGGCCUUCUCCCGCACCACCUCCCUCCGCCAGACGCCCACCUUCUCCCGCGUCGCCUCUACCCGCGUCGGACCCACCGCCGGGCGUGCCGACCGGGCCGCCCCCGUGGUUGUCGAUGACGACGACGAGGAGGACGAGGAAGAGGAGGAGGACGACGAGGGAGACAAAGAUCAGGACGAGGCGCCGGCCGCGCAGAUGUCCCUGAUGGCGCUGCUGGAGCAGACGGACAGCUGGGACGACGAGGACGAGGAGGAGGACGAGGCCGCCGGCGGCGGCGGCGGCAAGAACGCGCAGCAGCAUGCCGGAGGCGGCGACGACGACGAGGACGACGGCGAGGGGCGGGAGGAGGAGAUGGUGCACGUGUGCUGCGUGUGCAUGGUCCGCCACAAGGGCGCCGCCUUCAUCCCCUGCGGCCACACCUUCUGCCGGCUCUGCUCCCGCGAGCUCUGGGUCAGCCGCGGCAACUGCCCGCUCUGCAACGGCUUCAUCCAGGAGAUCCUCGACAUCUUCUGA